AUGCCUCAGUCCCAAGUGUCCUUUUACUCUGAUUCCUUUAUCGAUCCCGAUCUUCGUCAAUCAGAUGACCUUCCUGAUUUACCAAGCAGCCAAUCGACCGAGACUUCUAAUUCUUUCACUCCCCUUCCCCAAUUGUCAUAUGCGCCGAAAUCACUUGAGCGCGUCGGAUCUACACUUCGAAAAUUCUGGAUUCUCUACGCUAGUGAGCCCGAGAUGGAAGACUCCCGGAAGCAGUUUGUGGAAUGGUGGUUAAACACUUUGUUUGGAUCAAACCCGCAAUGCCGCGAUAGCUUACACUGGGAUGGGAAAAAAACCUCGGUACUUUGGGAACAAUUUGAACAGGUUGCAAACGAGAAGACUGGCGAGCCUAGGGUUAUGUGUAAGCGGUGUUGUACAACCCUUACUCAUCCAGGUCAUAAGCGUACAGGGACCUCUGCGCUUAAAGCACAUCUGAAAGGAGGUACCUGUCGCUUAGAGGAAAGGAAGCGAGGAAUCGACCAAUUAUUCCGUAAUUUAGUAGGUGUUUCAUAG